CUCUCGUUCUUCGCCCUGCUCGACAUGGCGCCGCCGUCGCCUGGCAUCGACUAUGCGCACUCGAGCUCCUGCGGCAGCCCGCUGGCGCUCGACCCGCUCAACCUGCGCAAGCCCGCGACGACGGCGCAGCACAGCCCGCUGUUCAGGCUGCCGGACGACAUCUUUGCGUGCGUGCUCGACUACCUGGACCGCGACGAGGCCUGGAGCCUGAAGCGCCUGUGUCGCGGCAUGGCCGCGAGCGAGUCGGUCACGCGCCUGCUCUACACGCACCCGAUCCAGCUGGCCGACGUGCGCGACCUGCGCCUCGGCGACUGGAAGUACCGUUCCAGCGGCCAGGUGCGCUGGCAAGCGUUCCAGGCGAGCAUCGCCGACGCGAACCGUCGCUACGUGCAGAGGCUCGCCGUGUCGCACUGGGCGAGCCUCGACGACUUUCGGUGGAUCGAGGCGAACCUGCCCGCGCUCGCCAGCCUCGACCUGUCGGCCAUCAAGGACUUUGUCUGGACGCCCGAGGAGACGUGGACCUGGAGCAUGCUGGCCGACGCCUGUCCGGCCCUGUUCGCCCGCCUGGACGAGCUCGAGGUCGGCAACUGGGCCGACUACGCGGCCCACUCGCGCAUCGAGUACAGCUACUCGUACAACGACUACCGCUUCAAGCAGAAGUUCCGCCUCUCGCGGCGGCGCGGCGGCGGCUCGGUUGCCAAGCACAUCUUCCCGCUGUGCACCCAGCUGAAGACGCUGGCCAUCCGUGAGCGCUACUCGGGCUUCCACACCUGGAACGAGUGGGAGGUCCACCAGCGCGUGUGCUGCCUCGUCGACGGCGUGCAGAGCAACUGCCCGGCCAGCUUGACGAAGCUCAAGGUGCACGACUACGCCCCGUACCGGUCGCUCUUCUCCUCGGACGCCACCGACUGGCGGCAGCUCACCGACGUCGAGAUUGGGCUGUACUCGUGGCUGGAAGACCGGCGCGAGCGCGAUGUCAUCGGACCCAUUCCCUACCGGAUAACACCGGGGCAUCACCACCGCGACGAAGAGGAGGCGUUUGACGACAAGAGCUUCGACGUGUGCACGCGCAACCACAUGACGCUCGGUGAACACGUCGUCAAAGGAGUCGGCGCCACGUUUGAGGACCUGCUACGAAGCCUGCGGACCAUCUCGAACAAGUACCCAAACAUCAACAUCAAACCCAUGCGCAACCUCGAGAACAUUACUCUCCACCCGUUCCACCUCGUCAACGUCAUGUCGCGCCGCCUGCCGUUUGGCCUCGGCAACGUCCCGGCCGACAACACGGCGCCAGCCGAUCCCUGCUCCAGCGUCAAUGUCCAGGAAGCCAUCCGCUGGCUGCUCGGCAAGUGCGACUGGAAGCCGAUCCUCGCCUGGGACUCGAUCAUGUGCGACGUCUUCCCCGCGAACCUGGAGCCGAGCAGGCCCUUUGUCGCCAAGCCCAAGGUCAUAAGCCGCAUCGCCACCAUGGUGCGCACGUUGCGCGGCCUCGACAUCCCCAUCCGCAUCUCCAUUGGCGACCGCACCAACACAUCAACCUCGUGCUCGCCCGACGGCAGCCUGUACUUUGGCGACUACAAGACCUUCUCCGGCACGGGGGAUGACAAGGUCGAGCAGCUCCUGCCCACCCAGGCGGCUUUCAAUCUGAGCCCCAUUGCCCACCUCGUCGACGAACUCACCAUCCAGUACCCCGUCGACGUCCCCGGCGUCGGCGGCUACCUGCGCGCCCUCCGUCGGCGAUCGCCCGCGGAAAAGGCCCUCAUGGACCGCGAGAUGACGGGCUGGCGUCGCUUCUGGGCGCGCUACGCGCGGCAGUUCACCAACCUGAAGAAGCUCACGGUCAACGUCCCAAAGGACAUGUACGACGACUGGGCGCGCACCGCGCUGCCCGCGCUGCUCGCCGACCCGCACUGGGACGUGCUGGAGACCACAAACGGCCACGCCGACGCGGGCUUCCUGGCCAACUACUUGCCCUAUUCGUCCUGGCGCUAUGGCUGGCGCAACAAGGGCCGCAUGCGCUUCGUCCAGCGCGUCUUCUUCCGCCGCCACGCCGCCCCGCUCGAGCUCGCCGACCCGCACGCCGGCUUGGACGAGCUGGCCCGCGAGCAGCGGUACAUCUCCGCCGCUGACAUUGCCGACCAGGACCACACCGGACACCGCUUUUGGGCCGGCGAGCAGGACAAGCAAGAG